AUGUCCGUUAUCUUAGUGUCUGCUGGUUACGACCAUACGAUAAGAUUUUGGGAAGCUCUUACCGGGGUUUGUUCAAGGACAAUUCAGCAUUCCGACUCGCAGGUCAAUCGGCUAGAAAUUACCAACGAUAAAAAGCUUCUAGCCACAGCAGGUCAUCAGAACGUACGGCUUUAUGAUAUUCGGACGACAAAUCCCAAUCCCGUAGCAUCUUUUGAAGGUCAUCGAGGGAACGUUACCUCCGUGUCUUUUCAACAGGACAAUAGAUGGAUGGUGACAUCUAGUGAAGAUGGGACAAUCAAGGUGUGGGACGUGCGUUCUCCAUCCAUUCCCAGAAAUUAUAAACAUAACGCGCCGGUAAAUGAGGUGGUGAUACAUCCUAACCAAGGCGAGUUAAUAUCUUGCGAUAGAGAUGGUAAUAUAAGGAUUUGGGACUUGGGGGAAAAUCAGUGCACCCAUCAAUUGACGCCCGAGGACGACACUUCCCUUCAGUCUCUAUCAAUGGCAAGCGAUGGCUCGAUGCUGGCCGCAGCAAACAGUAAAGGUAAUUGCUACGUAUGGGAAAUGCCAAAUCGUACUGAUGCAUCUCACCUCAAGCCGGUGACUAAAUUUAGGGCACAUUCUACCUACAUAACUAGAAUUUUAUUAUCAUCCGAUGUGAAACAUUUGGCGACGUGUUCAGCGGAUCACACGGCUCGUGUGUGGUCCAUUGAUGAUGAUUUUAAAUUAGAAACGACAUUAGAUGGCCAUCAAAGAUGGGUUUGGGAUUGCGCAUUCAGUGCUGACAGUGCGUAUUUAGUAACGGCAUCUUCUGAUCAUUAUGUUAGGUUAUGGGAUUUAUCAACAAGAGAAAUUGUCAGACAGUAUGGUGGACACCACAAGGGGGCCGUGUGUGUAGCAUUGAACGACGUAUAG